AUGGCAAGCCUGAAACGCGCCGCCUCCUCGACGCUAUUCCCGACUGCGCUCUCCACCAAGCAGAAGCCGCUGGAGCCGGACGACUUCACGGAGUCGGACUCAGAACCGGAAGACGUGGAGAGCAGCAGCGUUGAGACGGAGUCGAUGUACACGGCUUCUCCCUUUCGCCCAUCGCUCUAUCGUCGACGCCCUGACCACUACCACAAAAUGGCCCGUGCCGCCGCCCUCUACGCCGAGCACGAGCCGCACGCUGGGAAUAAGCCCUGCCGCAUCAAGUACACGAAGCCGUUGGCGGUGCGCCGGCUGCGCUGCACGCGGACGCGCGCUUCCCGCAACUGGUCGCGCCUCUUCACGCGCAACGCGGGCGAAUCGUCCAGCUACGAGGAGGUGUGCGACCUGACGACGAGCAACACA